AUGCCCAAUGUCACUGCAGUUAAUCAGUUCAUCCUUCUGGGGUUCUCCAAUGGCCAUGGACUUCAAACUUUGUGUGGAGUGCUCUUUCUGGUGAUGUACCUGGCAGCCCUAAUGUGUAAUCUCCUCAUCAUCACUCUCAUCACUCUGGACUUGCAGCUUCAAACACCCAUGUACUUCUUCCUGAAGAAUUUGUCACUACUGGAUGUCUUCUUUGUGUCAGUCCCAAUUCCCAAUUUCAUUGUCAAUAGCCUAACUCAUAACAGCUCCAUUUCCAUUCUAGGAUGUGCCUUCCAGACACUUUUAAUGACUUCCUUCUCAGCAGGAGAUGUAUUUGUUCUGACUGCCAUGUCCUAUGACCGCUAUGUAGCCAUCUGCUGUCCCCUGCACUAUGAAGACAUCAUGAGUAGUGGUGUCUGUGUGUUGAUGGCGGGCUUUUCCUGGGCCACUGGGUUAUUCUUUGGAGCUGUAUACACAGCUGGCACAUUUUCCAUGCCUUUCUGUGGCUCCAAUGUGAUCCCACAGUUUUUCUGUGACAUUCCUUCUUUACUGAGGAUUUCCUGUUCUGGUACACUGGUGGUCAUUUACGCAAGUUUUGGAAUUGGCAUAUGUGUAGGCAUGUCAUGUUUCAUCUGUUUUGUGAUCUCAUACUUUUACAUUUUCUCCACUGUCAUGAAGAUUCCUACUAGUAAAGGUCAGUCCAAAGCCUUUGCCACCUGCCUGCCUCACCUCAUUGUUUUCACUAUUUUCAUUGUAGCUUCUUGUUUUGUUUAUCUGAAGUCAUCACCUAAUUCUCCAACAAUUACAGAUAGGCUCUCUGCUGUGAUGUAUAUUGUGGUGCCUCCAGUACUUAAUCCUGUGAUCUACAGCCUGAGGAAUGCUGAUGUUAAAUGGGCUUUGAAGAGGUUGAUACAUAAUAUUUUUUCAAGGCUCUCACUUCAUGUAACACCCUAA